AACAUCGACAGCACGUCGUUGUGUUAUUCUUCCAUUUCAUAGGGAUUUUAACAUUGGAUCAACAUCGAUAUCCGCUGUUUUGCGCUACAUCACCUAUCCCAGCUUUUAAAAAUAUCAAUUGAUGUGGUACACAUGACUGUAUCCUUCCCCUAAUAUCAUAGAUCAAUACAUUCCAGAGUUGGGGUUUAGGUGUCCGUACACAUAAUGCUAUCUAUAGUGAUGAUUUUGAUGGUACCGAACAACACGCGACCACCGUAAGAAUAACUUUCCCCUAAAGACGCUAUUAUGGAUAAUGCAUUUUGACCAAGUUUCAAUAUAUUAGCUGAUGCGACCAUUACCACCAGAAUGUCCUUCUCAGGCCGAGCUUUUAAUCUCAGCGCAGCGUUCAAUUCUGUAAAUAACUCAAUGAGUGAAAGCUGGAGACCGAUCGGUGAAGACUAUUAGCCUAUUCUCCCUAUUCGGAGCUUUAUCUCUUCCACUACUGGCUCAUGGUGCAUGCUUGAUAUAUAUUUCUCUAAUCAAUCAAAGUGUGAUGAGCGAAACUCCAGAACAUUGCGACAUACGUUCAUCUAUUAGGUAAAAUACCUUAAUUGGGAACGGGGCGUCGUCCGGGUUUCAUGCACUCAAUAUCAAUUGGCAGGCGCCAAAAAGGUUGCAUUUACACCACGGACUUCAAUUAUAAAGUCUUCCACGAACUCUUCGACGACUCGGCUUGAUUUGUAAGAGAUGGUCUUAUUUGACCUUCCCUACAAAAGUUUCGAGCGCGCUGCCAAAUCUAUGUUAAACCAAGACAAGCAUGGCGCUUAUUCUGCUAAUUAUCGCAUUGUCAACCAUUGCACAUAUCGCCCAAGGCCAUUUCACCUUCGUUCGCGUUAAAGCGGAUGGAGAAUGGAAAAGCCCGCUGCAGUACAUCCGCAACAAGACCUCGCCAUAUGACGAGCUGAAAUUUUACGAGGGUAAUUUCCUCUACCGAUACUACAACUGGCCGACAUAUAUCAUCGACCGACCGGAGUCAGUCCGAUGCGGGCGUGACAAUAUGAAUCAUGCGCAAGGGACGGAGGUUCUGAGCGUGAAGGCAGGAGACACGAUCGAAAUUGCGCACCAGCGGGAGGAACCGGAAAACUGGACUGACGAUAUGUUCUACAACUGCACCGACGAUCGAGGAUCGUGUUUCCAUAAACUAGGCUGGGUACAGGAUUUCAACCACCCCGGUCCACUUCUAAUUCAUCUCUCAAAAGUCCCUAGCAGCCAGGACAUUCGCACCUACGAUGGAAGUGGAGAAUGGGUCAAGAUCCAUACGCUGGGUUUAACAAAUCCACGGUAUGGCCAACCCCUAAACUGGACCUUAUACCGCAGCGAUCCUCCGCAUAUUACGUUCAAAAUUCCCGCGCAAACACCAUCGGGUCAGUACCUGAUGCGUAUGGAUCUUAUCUGGUCGGGUGCAACCAACGAGUAUAUAAAUAUUGGCGAUGACGGAAGUUUGGCUCAGAUGUAUCCAAGCUGUGCUCAAUUGAACAUUCAAAGUGAAUCGAAAGCGGAGUUUCCGAAGGGUGUUAAAAUCCCCGAGAUUUUCCAGCCUUUGGAACCAGGUAUGACGACAUCGUGGGAUAUGUUGAAUAACCAAAAGCUUGAUGAGAAUUAUACUUAUCCCGGAGGUCCAUUAUGGAACGGCGAGGAUUUGGUAGUCGAUAAGCCCGUGGUCCUGGAGUGA